CGUGAACUACAUUCGUAAUUCACAAACGCUGGCAUUCAGACUGCUCACACUAUUACAGAUUUAUUUUAGAUGUUUUAAAAUUGGAACCAAUCCAAUUUUUAUACCCACCUUCCUCAUUAACAGUCUGUGUCGAUUUAGUGUAUUGUCCAUAGUUUCUAAUUAUUAUAAAAAAAACAAUUGUUUUAAAGAUGCCAGAGUAUACUGUUACAUCAGAAAUAUAUGAGGAAUAUGAUUAUCAAACAAAAAUAACUCCAAGUAAAGAAGGAAAUGUCAUCUCAGAAUUUCCAUUUCUAUUACCAAGCAGUAAUAGCUCUGUCAGAUAUGAUGAUGAUGAAGAUCUAGAUGUUGAACCCCCAAAGAAAGAAGUCAUAAGAAUUGAACACAGUUCAAAAACCAAAAUAUCCCUCGUGGGCUUGCAAGUAUGGCGCGGGGCAUUCCUUCUUGGCGAUUGGUUGAUACACCUAGGUCUAAAAGGAGAACUGGCUGGCAAGAAUGUGCUGGAACUUGGGGCUGGAACUGGAGUAACGAGUUUCGUUGCUGCUAUGUAUGCGAAGAAAGUAGUAUGUACAGAUAUCGAUUUAGGCGGAAUUUUAGAUUUAAUUAAGUUGAACGCUAGAUACAAUAAGAAGCUUAUAAAGUCGGAAUUUAAAGUGAUGCCGUUGGAUUUCACUGAAACUACUUGGAGUUCUCAGUUGACUAAUGUCAUUAGAGAUGUGGAUAUCAUUAUUUGUGCUGAUGUGAUCUACGAUGACGAUGUAACGGCCGCUUUUGUGUCGACGAUACAAAAAAUAUUAAAUACAAAACCUCCGAAAACCUUAUACAUAGUUUUAGAGAAGCGAUACGUAUUUACAAUAGAGCACUUGGACGCCGUGGCGCCUUGUUACGAGACAUUCCUCUCAUUAUUGGACAAAGUGAAGACAGAAAAUGUUCAUUCCACGUGGACAGUCGAACUGUUACCACUCGAUUUCCCAAAGUACUUCACUUAUGAUCGAGUAAAAGACUUAGUUUUAUGGAAAAUAUCAUCUAAGCCAACAUCUUAGACAACUGUGAUAAUAAAAUUUAUUUAAUAA